AUGUCAGAAAUACGCUCCUAUGAUACACCAAGCAGGCGAGCUCCUCCACUCGGUUACAUCACCAGGGCCAUUUAUCAAAUGUGGAAUGGAUAUCGUUGGGCCCCUCUCAGCAGGACGAGGUGCGUUCGCCAAAACACGCGAACAGGAAGUUAUCACAUUCAUAUGGAGAAACAUCAUAUGCCAUUUCGGCAUCCCCAAGAAAUUAGCUGCGACAACAGACCCCAAAUCAUCGGAAAAACGAUCGCCGAGUUUUUUGAAAAAUGGCACAUCAAGCGAAUACUCUCCACGCUAUAUCGUCCCGCCGGUAACGGUCAAGCCGAAUCCUCCAACAAAACAAUAUUGAACAUCUUGAAGAAAAAGCUCGAGGACACCAAAGGAUUAUGGCCAGAAUUGCUACCAGAGGUACUGUGGUCCUAUCGCACUACACCGAAAACAAGCACAGGCGAAACGCCAUAUUCACUAGUCUACGGGACUGAUGCCAUGAUACCUGCCGAGGUCGGGGAACUAAGCCCGAGAUACUCCAAUGAAAGCGGAUAA